AUGAAUUUACGUAAGUGGAACAGCAAUGACGUUUCGCUCAGAAAAUUGAUGAAACGCGAGGAAAACGUUAAUGCCAAGAAAGUACUUGGAAUUUUAUGGUACCAUAACGAUGACGAGUUAGCAGUAGAUAUAACUUCAGUUUUAUAUGAAAUCGAUAAUAAAUCUAUAACGAAACGUGGGGUGCUACAAAUAGUAUCGAAAAUUUAUGAUCCACUUGGCUUUAUGAGUCCCUUUUUGGUAAGAGCAAAUAAGAUAUUGCUCCAAGAAAUUUGGAAACUUAAGGUCGACUGGGAUUCAACCACACCUGAUAAUAUCACCAAUGAAUGGUUGAGAUGGUGUUUUGAACUGAAAUCUUUGAAACAUUUUUCGUUUACCAGAUGUGCACUCGAAGACAGAAACUCCGAAGUUUCACUUCACAUUUUUGCGGACGCGAGCCCAAAGGCGUAUGGAGCAGUGGCGUAUCUCAGAGUAGUUAACGAAAACGAAGUCGAAUGUAACUUUAUCAUGUCUAAGGGUAGAGUAGCUCCAAUUGACAAAAAGGGAGAUAAGAGCUUAACGUUACCAAAACUGGAACUCACCGCGGCAGUCUGUGCAACUCGACUUCAGAAAUUUAUACUUGAAAAUAUUGACGUUAAAUUUCAUUCCUGCACUUUGUGGACAGAUUCGAAAAUAACGAUAUAUUGGAUCAUGGGCAAAGCUGACAGGUGGAAACCGUAUGUUCGCAGUCGUGUAACUGAAAUUAAGAAGAACUCAGUUGGAGUAUGGCGCCAUUGUCCAGGGGCAGAGAAUCCAGCAGAUUUACUAACGAGGGGUGUAACAUCUAAAGGUCUUAUGACAUCGGAAGUUUGGAAACAUGGACCUAAUUGGCUGAAAUUUAAACCAGAAGAAUGGCCUGAAGAAGAUAUCGCGAUAGGAUCUGAAGCAUCUGUUUUGCUCGUACAAGGAGAAGAAGUAAUCCAGAAUAACGAACCAAUCUUCAAACUUGAGAGAUUCAGUAGUUUGGAGAAAAUCUUUAGCAUUACCGCUUAUGUUAAAAGAUAUUCCCAUAAUCUAAGAAAUAAAAAGAACAAAAGAACUGGAAGCUUGAAGGCUCAAGAGUUAAAGGAGGCUGAAAGAUAUUGGAUAAAGGUAACUCAAGGACAGCAUUUUUCAAGUGAAAUAGCUGACCUAAGAAGAGGUAAAAAAAUUGAACCCUCUUCUCGAGUUUUAACGCUAAGUCCCUUUCUUGAUGAAGACGAUAUAAUGAGAUUAGGAGGCCGUUUACAGGAAAGCUCCUUACCGUACCAAACGAAAUAUCCUGUGGUGUUACCUAAAACGUCAUUUCUAACGGAUAAACUUAUUUCGAACUCUCAUGUUUCCACAAUGCAUGGUGGAGUAAACGUGACGAUGGUACAUAUAAGAAAACGAUUUUGGAUUUUACAAUGCAGGCAAAGAGUAAAAUCUAUACUGAGCAAAUGCAUAAUUUGCAAGAGAUUACGAGCAAAACCUGGCAAUGAACCUUUUGCACCCUUACCAAGAAGUAGGGUGUCUUCAGCAGAACCAUUUAAGGUAACGGGCCUAGAUUUCGCUGGACCUCUAUACAUUAUCAACGAAUCGAGGCGGCAAAAGGCUUACAUCAUGCUGUUAACGUGUGCUGUGGUACGUGCCGUACAUCUUGAAAUAGUUCCUAAUCUAACAGCAGAGAGCUGUAUUAACGCAUUUAGACGGUUCAUUUCAAGAAGGGGAGUUCCGGAUAUCAUUUAUUCAGACAACGCGAAAACAUUUAAGAGAACAGCUUUAGAAUUGAAAGAAUUAUACAAAAUAAUUUGCACCGAUAAAUUUCAAAAUUUUGUCACAGGACGUUGCAUUGAAUGGAGAUUUAUUGUGGAGCGCGCCGCGUGGUGGGGCGGAUUUUGGGAACGAAUGGUCAAAACUGUAAAAGAUGCUCUAAAAUUGUCACUUGGAAAGAAAUCCCUUGAUUGUGACGAACUACAAACCAUCAUUUCAGAAAUUGAAGCUACGGUGAAUAUGAGACCGCUUACCUACUUGGAUGAUCAGCCCGAAAAUUUAAUGUUUUUGACACCAGCACAUUUCCUUUUGGAUACUAGUUACUCCUACCAUCCGGCAAUUCACGAUGACACCUUCGUUAGGAGAAAACAAAGAAGGAAUAGGACAACGUUUACACUACAACAGUUGGAGGAAUUGGAAAACGCAUUUGCUCAAACCCAUUACCCGGACGUAUUUACCAGAGAAGACUUAGCGAUGAAAAUUAAUUUAACGGAAGCGCGUGUACAGGUAUGGUUUCAAAACAGAAGAGCAAAGUGGAGGAAAGCCGAGAGACUUAAAGAGGAACAGAGGAAGAGGGAAGAACAAGGGGGCGUGAAGAGGGACAGCGAUGGCAAGGACGAAAAGGUGCAAAAUGAAGAUUUGCUCACUGGAAGUUCGUCAGAAACGGGAUGUCCGGACGACGAGAUGCUAAGGGAGUGCGCGAGUCGAAGUAGCGGCAGAGAGAGUCCCGAACCGGUGAGGAACGUUACCGAACCGGAACCGUCGAGGACAUCUUCGCCUCACAGUCCGGCCCCAUCGGUCACUUCGGAACCGUCGAAGAUUCCACCGCCUUCAUUUGCUCAACACAUGUUCGCUUUUACUGAAAGAUGAAUUGAACGAACAAUGUGCGGUCGUGAAGGAAUUUCAUACGCCAAUUAGACUAAUUACCAACGCAAUGUUAUUUAAUUAACCAGACCACCUACGCGGCCUAAAUGAAUAAUGAAAAAUAACCG